AAAACAGAAAAUGAUAGAGGGCAAAUAUAGAGAGAUUAAGGAUCUGUCCUCUGGAAGUUAUGGCAAGGUCUGUAGAUGCUCUGUUGAAGGAGAGCUUCGUGAAGUAGCAGUUAAGGUCUAUGUGAAGAAACAACAUGACUCUGACGGUGAGAUCAGGCAUUUUCAAUGAGAGUGAGAAGCUCUAUCCCAACUUCAGCAUCCUUAUAUAGUUAGACUUCUUGACUUCAAGGAAUCUGGGACGAGGGUUGAUGAUAUGGAUAAUGUUACUAAUGUUCGAUACGCAGCUCUGGAGCUCGCUGAAAAUGGUAACUUGUUGGAUUACGUUGUUGAUAAAUCAAUGGAUGACAGAGUCGUUAGGUAUUAUUUUAGACAACUCCUCCAGGGUAUUGACUUUAUGCAUAAUAGUGGCUAUUGCCACAGAGAUCUCAAACUGGAGAAUAUUCUUCUAGAUAAUGAAUAUAACAUUAAAAUUUCCGAUUUUGGAUUUGCAACUAGCCUUAGAGGCAGCAAUCAAGAUAAUCAAUUAUAUGACUGCAAAGGAACUUUGAGAUAUAUGGCUCCAGAAAUAUUUAAAGGAACCGGAUAUUUAGGUCGGAGCGUUGAUAUCUUUGCUCUUGGAGUUAUCUUAUUCAGCAUGAAAACUGGUCGACCCCCUUUUAUGAGGAUGGCAGCAGCUCAGGACCCUCUAUACUCGUUGCUCCACAGUUAUCAAUAUGAUGGGUACUGGAUGAUGUGGGAUUCGUUUGCGCAACAGUCAGGAUUUGAGUUGCCGAUGUCAUUCAAAAAUCUAUUUAUCGCAAUGAUUUGUUAUUAUCCCAACUCAAGACUAUCCCUUACUGAAAUCCUUCGUGCGGAGUGGAUGUUGGGCGAAAUAGCAAGUGAGAGGGAAGUUCAAAACUACAUGCAGGCACUCCAGAAAGAAAUGGAGUUGUGCGACCAAGAACAGUUUGGAAAGCAAGCAAGCGCUCAGUCAAAUUACAUUGUUAAUAUGAAAAAUGAAGAGGAAUUUGACAUUAAAGAAACUAAUGAUGUGAUCAAUGAUGUUCAUCAAAUUGAAGAUAAAGAUAGAGGUCACCUCAUUCAUCAGGAUAUUGAGGAUGAGCUUGACCUAGACCAAGAUGACGCAUUUGACCUUGGAGAUGAACUUGAAGAAAAGAGCGAAGAUUUAGAAGAAUUUGUUGGUCAUCAAGAAGAGAAUAAGGAAGAAGACUACUCAAUGGCUCAAGAUAAUGCCAAAUCUCUUAUAUUUCCUAGGACAGAAGAGAUAGACACUAAUCUAUGUACUGUCUAUGCAGAUAAAAUAUGAGAGUAUCUAAUGGAAUACUCGCAGAUUAAUAAACUAAAGGUUUUCUUCGACGUCAAUGAUUUCACUCUGAACUUUAACAUUCCAACAGAUAAUGGUAUCAAGUAUUUCGGUAUGAAAUUUGAAUUCGUAGGCCCUGAAGAUGGAAAAGAUCCUGCUCCUGGAGUAGAAACUAGGAACAAUUACAAAAUUUAUUUCUUAAAAGAUGAUAAUCUCGAUGAGGAAGAAUUCAAAGAUAUUGGUCUCCAUUUUCUUGAGCAGAUAUCUAGCUACAUCUAAACCU